AUACCCAAACGUUACGCGCCAGAAGGAAACCCCCCUUACCACCUGAUGCCAGACGAACCGUUUAAAAGACUGGUUCGGAGGGGGGACUAGAACAACAGAAGGAGCAGCAGAACCAGAAGAGAAGCACAUCUCGACGAUUUUCUGCCCAAUUGAACCGCCUUCAUCCAUCCUCUGCCUCCCCCGAGAUCCAGAAGAAGAUGCUCUCGACGCGUGUCCAGUGCGCACUAGCGCUGCUUUCCCUAGCCCUGGCCAUCAGCAGCGUCUCUGCGGCUCCGUCCGACGUCAAAAUCCGCCAGCUGCUUCAACGGUCACUCAUGGCACCUGCAGGCAAACAGGCGCUUGCUAGGUAUACACUCGCAGAGCUGCUCUCAGAGCUCGCACAAGCAGAGAACGAGGCGAUUGAGUCAGAUGACAUGUCUCGUGGCAUGGAGCAGGAGGAUGUGCGUCUCGAGCUGGAGCGUGCAGCCGGCCCAGUACUGGCGCCGCGUGAACGCAAGGCUGGAUGCAAGAACUUCUUCUGGAAAACCUUUACAUCAUGUUAAUUCAUAUACACCCGGGCCCUUUACUGCGUAUACUACAUCUCAUCUCUUUUGUUUCAAUCAUUCACUGCUGAAACCAAUGCACCAUGGUCUAACCCGCCUCUCCAAAAAAAUGUAAAUAAACAUUGCUAUAACUUUAACAGCAAUCAUUCUGAUGUCUUUAUCGAUCAUUUGGAUUUUUCCGAAAAAACACAUGAAAGAAUGUCCUACAGAAUGUAUGCAAUUCUGCUUUUGACUGUGGUUUCUGUAUUCUGGCAGAUAAACUAUUUUUUAUUGUUUGUUUGAAUAAAAUCUAUGUUUCAGAA